GAGUGCAGCGGAUGGUUCAAACAGUGCCAACAAGGAAAGUGGCAACGUGCGCAUGCUCAAACUGGAAUGAACCCUGUGCUCUGCACCUUUUUAUUUCGCCUGGCUCGGCUUGCACGCUUCCCAGUGCAACUUAUCUUCUGUUAUGAUGGUGACCAGCGGCCAGAGGUCAAAAGAGGGCGCCGCGUGUCUACAAGGGACCAUUGGAUGGUCAAGCCCAUGCAAUGCAUCCUGAACGCUUUCAACACACAAUGGAUCACUGCUGCAGGUGAAGCUGAAGUGCAGCUAGCAUUGAUGAACAAUGCCGGAAUUAUCAAUGCUGUCAUGACGGAUGACAGUGACAUCUUCGUCUUCGGAGCUAAGACAGUCCUUCGGAAGCAAGUCUCAACAUUCUCACCUGACGCAACCGUCAAGAUGUACACCACAAGCACUAUUCAGGAGCAUGUGGAACACUGCCUUGUUGGUGAUGCCUUUGUGACGAUGACUAUCUGCUGUGGCGGUGACUAUGAUAAGGCAGAUGACUCUUCUCACCGACGUCUUCAUCAGAUGGGUCUUGCUGGCUGUGGCCCUGAGACUGCCCUUCGUCUCGUUCACUGCAUGAACACCAGCAUAUUGGCACAUGAUGGUAUCCCACUGGACCAGGCACUGAAACAGUGGCGGGAUGCUGCUCGGUAUCACCUUACAGAUGAUCCCACAGGUAAACUAGGCCGAGCUCAUCCUGCACUGGCCCACUCGCUCGCUGAGUCGUUCCCUGAUCCCAAUGUCAUCAAUCUGUAUGCGCAACCUGCUGUCACCCUGCUUGCAGAGUUGCCUGCUGUGCAAUCUCCGGCCCCGCCUGAUCUUGCUCCACUGGCCUUGGUCAUCCAACAACUCCUGGGCUGGGAGCUGAAAAAACUCAUCAGCGCGUUUCGUUCCACUAUCUGGCCUGUCAUUGUAUUACAUGAAUUGCUCGAGGACCUCGCCAACAAUUCGCCAACAAGUAACGAGGUGUGUUUCUUCUUCCCUACUCAUUCUAUGUUACCCUGA